UCAUAUCUUACUCGUACAGUCGUACGCAUACUGGCAGUAUUGUGCUAUAUAUAUAUGGACUAAAAGUGACACUCAGUUUUGAAGCCCGAUUUCUAUCGAAGCUUGCAAGUUGCAACCAUGGAUUAUGAACUUCCUCCCCUGUAGUUUUGAACUAUUCAGAUAGUGGGUGUUGGUGUGACGAGUAAGAGUCUGCUUGCUUGAUAGAAAUAUUUGAACUUAAAGGUUAGAGAUAUUGGUUAAUCUUGCUUCUAAGCAUCUGUCGUGCCUGCUGUAUAUAAGUUUUAUCUUAAUGUAUAUAUGAACUAGAAAGUCAUGUAUUGGCUAUCAAAUAUGUUUUAUUUGCUCAAUGGGUAAGACAAUUCAUCUAUCUGGAUUCCCUGCAAAUGUGACUGCAGAAGCAGUCAAGGAGUUAUUAGAGAGAUAUACAGGAGAUGGAACUGUUUAUGCACUCAAAGUUAGGCAUCACAAGAAUAAGGGGCAUGCAAGAUUUGCUUUUGUUAUUGUCCAAUUCACAACAUCUGGAAGUGCUGAUGUAAUAACCUCCUUGGUUAAUCGGCGCCUAUACUAUGGGACUCAUUAUCUGAAGGUUAGGGACGUAGAGCGUGAUAUCGUAGCGAAGCCAAGGAUGUCACUGCUUAGUUUGGAGCAUACAACUUUACAUUUUGGUUGCCAGGUUUCACCUGAAAAAUUUUCUGUUCUUUGGAAAGGGGCUGAUGUUGCAGUGAGAUUUGAGUUUGGCUUGCGAAGGUUGCACUUCUUUCUGUCCCAAUUUCCUAUUGAUUACAAGCUCGGACUUUCUUAUGAAAAUAUUUGGCAAAUCCAGCUGCGUCAUCCACGUGGUCAAAAUAAGAAGUUUCUUUUGAUUCAGAUGUUUGGUGUUCCUAGGAUUUUCAAGAAAGUUAAAAUUUCUUUGGAAAAUAUGUUUGAAGACCCUAUUUUAAACUAUUUUAGAGAACCAGAUGAUCAAUGGGAUAGAACAACUGAUUUCACUCCCUUAUGCUGCAUUGGACAAUCGUCUGCCUUGUGUUUGGAGCUUCCAUACAGCUAUGUGCUUCCAAAUAUCCGUGAAUACUUUGCCUAUUAUAAAGAAGAUGAAGGUCCAUUCGUCUUGGAGAGUGGUGCGACAUUCUCCCGCAGUUUAAGUUUAGUCCCCAUUGUUGGUCCAAGCCAAGGAUCUGACAUUCCAUAUGAAAUUCUGUUUAAGGUUUGUUCCUUGGUUCAGAAUGGUUGCCUUUCAGGGCCAACACUCGAUGCCGCAUUUUUUAGGUUAGUUGAUCCUAAUUUCAUAUCCAUUGACUAUAUAGAAAAUGCCUUGGAAAAGUUGUAUCACUUAAAAGAAUGCUGCUAUGAGCCUGUGAAUUGGUUAACCAAACAGUAUAGGGCAUACUGUACACUAAAGCGUCCUCCUAAGCUGCCCUCCAUCUCAUUGGAUGAUGGUUUGGUAUAUGUUCGAAGGAUUCAGAUAACUCCCUGUAAAGUUUAUUUUUGUGGUCCUGAGGUUAUUGUUUCCAACCGUGUGCUGCGCGAGUAUUCCAGAUAUAUUGAUAAUUUUAUCCGUAUCUCUUUUGUUGAUGAGGAUUUGGAUAAAAUUCAUUCAACCGAUAUAUCUCCACGUACAUCAUUUGCAAAUGAAAAGGGGCAUACAGAAAUCUAUGACAGGAUACUUUCUACCUUGAAAAAUGGCAUAGUUAUUGGUGAUAAAAAGUUCGAUUUUCUUGCCUUCUCAUCAAGUCAGUUACGCGACAAUUCAGCAUGGAUGUUUGCAUCAAGUAAUGGGUAUACUGCUGCGAGUAUUCGACAGUGGAUGGGUGAUUUCUCUAAGAUAAGAAAUGUAGCAAAAUAUGCAGCCAGAUUAGGACAAUCAUUCAGCUCUUCCAGGGAAACUUUGAAUGUUUAUGAGCAUGAAACUGAAAUCAUUGAUGAUAUAAAGGUUGAAUGGAGAGGAAUAGAAUACAUUUUUUCAGAUGGAAUUGGGAAAAUUUCAGCUGAUUUUGCAAAACAAGUGGCAAAAAAGUGUGGCUUUAAGGGUUCCUUUCCAUCUGCAUUCCAAAUCAGAUAUGGUGGCUACAAAGGUGUUGUUGCUGUGGAUCCAACAUCUACGAAGAAAUUGUCCCUAAGAAGGAGCAUGUCUAAAUAUGAAUCACGAAACACAAAACUAGAUGUAUUGUCAUGGAGCAAGUAUCAGCCUUGUUUUCUCAAUCGCCAGAUAAUAACGCUUUUGUCUACCUUAGGGGUCAGGGAUAGUAUUUUUGAGAAGAAGCAAAAAGAAGCUAUGGAUCAGCUGGAUGCUAUUUUAACAGACUCACUUAAGGCACAAGAAGCACUUGAGAUUAUGUCUCCGGGAGAGAACACCAAUAUUCUCAAAGAAAUGUUGUUGUGUGGUUAUGAGCCCAAUGCUGAACCAUUCCUUUCAAUGAUGCUGCAAACAUUUCGGGCUUCAAAACUGUUGGAACUGAGGACCAAGACAAGGAUAUUUGUUCCAAAUGGAAGAUCACUGCUAGGAUGCCUAGAUGAAACUAGAACUUUGAAAUAUGGGGAAGUAUUUGUGCAAGUUUCUAGCAUAGGACGCAGACAGUUUCAUGAAAGUUCCCUCUUUGUAUUCAGUGGAAAUGAACCAGAGCAGCAGAAAUUUAUUGUAGAGGGAAAGAUAAUUGUUGCUAAAAAUCCUUGUCUGCAUCCUGGUGAUGUGCGUCUUUUGCAAGCUGUCAAUGUCCCAGCUUUGCAUCAUAUGGUGGAUUGUGUUGUGUUUCCACAAGAAGGAAAAAGGCCCCAUCCAAAUGAGUGCUCUGGAAGUGAUUUAGAUGGAGAUGUUUACUUCGUCUGCUGGGACCCUGAUCUUAUUCCACCUCGGCAAAUCCAACCAAUGGAAUAUCUUCCAGAACCAAGUGUUAAUUUAGACCAUGAUGUUACGAUUGAGGAAAUAGAGGAAUAUUUCACAAAUUACAUAGUCAAUGAAAGCCUAGGGAUCAUUGCAAACGCACACACCGCCUUUGCUGAUAAGGAGCCAAAGAAGGCUGAAAGUGAUGCAUGUCUACAGCUUGCAAAGCUUUUCUCAAUCGCUGUUGACUUCCCAAAGACCGGUGUACCUGCUGAAAUACCACAACAUCUGUAUGUGAAGGAAUAUCCGGAUUUCAUGGAAAAACUAGAUAAACCUACCUAUGUAUCUGAGCGGGUGAUUGGCAAGCUCUUCAGAGCAGUUAAAGACAUUGCGCCUCAAACUUGGUCUAUAAGAUCCUUCACACAGGAGGUGGCAAGACGAUCUUAUGACCCUGAUAUGGAGGUUGAUGGGUUUGAAGAUUAUUUAAGUGAUGCUUAUUAUUACAAAGGUGAGUAUGAUUCCAAGUUGGGGAACCUGAUGGACUACUAUGGGAUCAAAACCGAGGCAGAGAUCCUUAGUGGAAAUAUAAUGAAGUUGUCCAAGUCCUUCACAAAAAAACGGGAUGCUGAAGCAAUCAGCUUGGCAGUUAGGUCUUUGAGGAAGGAGGCAAGAGCUUGGUUUAAUGAGAAAUCUGGGCCAGGCCCCGAGGCAGAUGAUGUAUAUGCAAAAGCAUCAGCUUGGUAUCAUGUGACCUAUCAUCCAGACUACUGGGGAUGCUACAACGAGGGACUGAAGCGGGAUCAUUUUCUCAGCUUUCCAUGGUGUGUCUAUGACAAACUGAUUCACAUUAAGCGAGAAAAGGCUAGCAUCAGAAGGAUUAGGAUUAUCGAUGAGUCAUCACUUGGGCUCCAAUUCAGGCGAAGUCUGAGGUUGAAUUAAUUGGUAGGUUCUCUGUGCGGAGAAGUGGGAUUAAAUCCUGCUGCCACCAAGGGUUUCGGGGAUGGGUUGUGUAGCUCCAUGAAGCUUUUAGGUUUGUUGGCUAAAACAGUUUAGAUAUGUAAAUGAUUGCUCCUGACGGAGAAAGCUAAAUAUAACUGUAAGCUUGUAACUAUUUACAGUUGCUGAUACUGGUAAGUUUCGUUUUGAAUUGAUCAGAAGUGAAUAUCUUGCUUAUCAUUCCCUUUGUCAUUGUUUUCUGGCUUGCAAAUUCAAUACAAUCACUGAGUUGGUGUGGACU